UUCAAAUAAUUUCCUUCAGAAGUGAAGCUUCUUCGCUGCAUCUUCAUUCUAAUUACAAUGCUGAAUACUUUGUUCCUUAAACACCAGGACCGAAAGGAAGCUGCUGCCGUCGAGCGUCGUCGGCAGUUUGAACAGGAACGCAGGCAACGAAUUUUCAACGCCCGCCAGCGUGUCAUUGGAAUCGAUACUAUCGCUCUGGAAAAUCAGCUGCAGGAAAAGCAUCGUCUCGAGCAGGAAACGUUUGAGCGGACUCGCAAAUUUGAACAGGAGCAGCAGCGUCAAAAUCAGGUGUUGUUGCUUAAACACCGGGAACAGAAGCUUUUGCGGCACCAGCUGGAAAACGAAAUCAACAGUUUCCGGGUACUAUGUCAACGUCCGGAACAAUCGAGGGAUUUUGAUCUUUUCGAUCCGAACGGUUUGAAGAAAUCACUUCCAGCACGCAUCGGUGAUGAUGAUCCCCGUCUUACCGUUUCUGGUGCGCAAAAGUUUGAAGGAGAAGACCUUUCGGAGAAGCAACGGAAACGACUUCAGAUGCAACAGCAACGUUCCUGGCUGGAACAGCAGAUACGUGAGAAACGGCAAGCCCAGAUGGACCGUAAAGCUUCGGAAAAAUUUCUGGAGGAGUCUAUGGAAGCCAGGGAACAACGCUUAAAUCAGUUAACAGCCGAGAAUCGUAACUCUCAACACAAAAUUCUAGGAGCAAUCAGUCAAUUUAACCGACAAUUGAAGGAUCAACAAGAAUAUCAAAGAAUCCAGCAGAAGCGAGAAGACGAGCAGGAUAAUAUGGCUGAAAUUCACAAUCAUUUGACCAGUGAUAUUCUCACGGAGAAUCCGGAUGUAGCCAGAAGUAGUCUAGGACCUAAUCGAAUAGUUCCGUAUGCGUACAAAGGGAUGAGUGUUGAAGAAAUGCAACAAUUCCGGGACGGCCAAGAACAACAGCGACAGGAGAUGCGGCGUCGCCGGCAGGAACAAAAUGACAACAAGGCACUGUGGGAUAAGUUGGCGAAUCAGUUCGAUCGAAUGGUGGUACAGAAAGAUCUAGAGGUAAACCGUCGUCGUCGAGAAUUGGCCGACAGCAUUAGACAUGAAAAUUUGCAACUAUCAGAUGAACACCAAAGAAUGCAAAUUGUUUAUCAGAAUCAACCGACGAUGGAGUAUUUCGACAAGUUCAAUACAACCACCAGAUAAUCGAUAAGGUUUUCAU